GUCGGCCGGCCGCGGCGGUGUGUCUGCGCUGCUGGCAGUCUCCAGUCGGAUGCCCCGCGAGGACAUCCGACUGGAGACGGAGCGGCGGCAGCAGCUGGCGCACUCCAUCCAGCUGCUGCAGCAGAAGGCGGCCCGCCAGCAGCGCGAGGCUCGGCAGGGGAUGGCGCUACCGACCGGUCGGCCGCCGCCAUCGGCUCGGACUCUGCCCGUCAGCCGUCAGCCGCCGGCCGCGCCAGGUUCAGUGCCGCCCGGCACGGGUCCUCCCUCGGCUGUUGGGAAGGCCCCCAGGGCGAGGCCGGGCCCUCCGAGUCUCCGCGGCCCGCCGGCGGCGGCAAACUCGGUCCGGGCGCCGGCGGCGGAGCUCGGUCCGCUGGACAGUAGCGCCGCUCCUCGCCAGAGCGGCCCUGUCGACCAGGCGGCCACUAAGCGGCCCGCCGGCCAGCCGACCGACCGACCGGCGGCCAAGCGCGCCUGUGUGCGGACCGGUCCGGGGAGCACAGUGCCGGUGAGCCCCACCGGCCCCGCGCCGGCCCCUCCAGUCUCCGGCCCCGCACUCGCCGACCCAGCCGCCGCGGGGCGCAGUGCCGCGCCCUCUGCCGUACACGUGCCGCCCGUAGCCGCCGAUCCGGUGAACGGUGACAGCGCUGCCCGUUACUCUCCCGCGUCAGCCGUCAGUGGCUGCCGCACAAGUGCCCCCUCGGCCGCAUUCAACCCCACCCGCUCAGCUGCGUCCACGGCUGCCACCUUCUCCACCCCCAGCCCCAGCCCCAGCCCUGCACCUGUCCCUGGCCCUACGGCAUCGUCCGACGCCAUCCCCACAGCUGCCGACCCCGUACCCACAGCCGCGACAGACACCGUCCCUACAGCCGCGACAGACACCGCCCCUGCAGCUGCUCCCGACGCCAUCCAUGCAGCUGCCGACCCCGUACCCACAGCCGCGACAGACACCGUCCCUGCAGCCCCUCCCGACGCCAUCCCUGCAGCUGCCGACCCCGUCCCCACAGCCGCGACCGACCCCGUCCCUGCAGCUGCUCCCGACGCCAUCCCCACAGCUGCCGACCCCGUCCCCACAGCCGCGACAGACACCGUCCCUGCAGCCCCUCCCGACGCCAUCCCUGCAGCUGCCUACCCCGUCCCCACAGCCGUGACCGACCCCGUCCCUGCAGCCGCGACAGACACUAUUCCUGUAACUGCUCCCAACCCCGUCCCCACAGCUGCCGACCCCAUCCAUACAGCUGCAGCCGACGCCAUCCCUGUAGCUGCUGAACCCGUCCCAACAGCUGUAGCCGAACCUAUCCCUGCAGCUGCCGACCCUAUCUUUACAACUGCCCUCGAUCCCGCUCCUGCAAGUGUUACUAAUCCCAUCCCUACAGCUGUCUCCCAGUCCAUCCCUAUAGCUGCCGACCCCAUACCUACAGCCGCCAAAGACCCCAUCCCUACAGCCGCCAAAGAGCCCGUCCCUACAGCUGCGGCCAACGCGAUCCUUGGAGCUCCCGACCCAGUCCCCACAGGUGUGGCCGAACCCAUCCCUGCGGCUGCCGACACCAUCUUUACAACUGCUCCCAACCGCAUCCCUGCAGCUGCCCUCGACCUUGACCGUACAGCUGUCGACCCCAUCCCUACUGCUGCCGACCACAUCCCUGCAGCUGCUGACCGCAUCCCCACUGAUGGCGCCCCCAUCCCUAUAGCUGCCCCCGACGCCAUCCCUGCAGCUGCCGCUCUCGACGCCAUCCCUACAGCUGUGGCCGACCCCAUCCCUACAGGUGCCGAUCCCGUCUUCGCAGCUUCUCCCGACUGUAUCCCUGCAGCCGCCAAAAACACCAUCUCUUUAGCUGCCCCCGACGCCAUUACUACAGCUGGCGCUCCCAUCCCUAUAACUGCCGCUCCCGACGCUAUCCCUACAGCUGUGGCUGACCCCAUCCCUACGGCUGCUCCCGAUGCCAUCCCUGUAGCUGCCGACCCCGUCAAUACAGCUGCGGCCGACCCCAUCCUAACAGCUGCCGAUCCCAUCUUUACAACUGCUCCCGACCCCAUCCCCACAGUUGCCGACCCCAUCCCUGCAGCUGCCGACGCCAAUCCUACAGCGGCCUAUGAAGCCAUCCCUGCAGCUGUUACCGAUCCCAUAUCCGCAGCUGUGCCCGACCCAAUCCCUGCAGCUGUCCGCGACCCCGUCCGUGUGGCUGCCGACCCCGUUCCUGCAGCUGCCGACCCAAUCCUUGCAGCUGCUCCCGACCCAAUCCCUGCGGCUGUCCCCGACCCAAUCCCUGCGGCUGUCCUCGAUCCCGUCCCUGCAGCUGUUCCCGACCCCUUCCCUGCAGCUGCUGACCCCGUUCCUGCAGCUGCGGCCAUUCCUUUCCCGUCCACCGCUGCCAGUCCCACUCAUAAGGGCAAGAAGGCGUGGCUGAGUCGCUUGGCGAGCUGUGAGGUGGCGGACGGUCCGCGGGAGGGUGGUGUGCACGGCGCCCCCGUCCCGGCAAACACCUCUCCUCAGGGACCGGCGGACGGCACACCGGCCGAGACCGACGGAAAAACGCCGAACGGAGCGGCUGGAACGACAGAGACAGAGACGGCUGGUGCAGCAUGGACCGAGCCUGUUGGUGCAGCAGAGACUGAGACGGUCGGAACGACGGCAACCGAGAUGGUUGAAACGGCAGCGGAAAAGCCGGCUGGCACAGCGGGGACAGAGCCGGCUGGUACAGCGGGGACAGAGCCGGCUGGUACAGUGGGGACAGAGCCGGCUGGUACAGCGGGAACAGAGCCGGCUGGUACAGCGGGGACAGAGCCGGCUGGUACAGCGGGGACAGAGGCGGCUGGAACGGUACCGACAGAGGCGCCGGGGGCAGAAGGGACUGGAUCGAUCAGAUCAGUACGGACGGAGGCGGCUGGUACAGCAGGAACAGAGGCGGCUGGUACAGCAGGAAUGGAGGCGGCUGGUACAGCAGGAACGGAGGCGGCUGGUACAGCGGGGACAGAGGCCAGUGACGCCGCUGAGACAGCUCCGGGUGCUGCGGGAGGGCCGGAGGCGGACGGCACAGCGCCGGCUGAGCCGGCCGGGGCGGGUGGCUGGCCGGAGCAGACCGGGACGGAGACGGAGGGCUCCUCGCCGGCCGAGGUGGACGGCUCGCCGCCAACGAACGGCGACCGGACGCCGCCGGCGGCGGGAGACAGUUCCUCGGGCGACGGCGACGCGGCCGCGUCCAACGGUGUGCUGGCGCCGCGCGCCGCCGCCGCCGCCACCAAGGCGGCCGCCGCCAUCAAGAAGAGCCCCGGCAAACCGAGGAAGAGGUCGGCCGCUAGCCCGGGCGGGGAGGCCGUGAAGCGGCCCUCCGUGAUGGCACUGAAAAAGUCGGGCGAAAAGUUCACGCAGACCAACUUUUGCUGUCAGAUCACGUACAAGCUGCCUCGGUGCCGCGAGUGCCGCGCGGUGCCCACCCAGCGACACAACAAGCCGUCGGGCAUCUACUGCCGGUUCACAGCGUUCCGCAAGGUGCGUUACACGCGCACCGGUCAGCUGGCCGUUGCCGGCUUCUGCGACCCGUUCACCGACUCUGGCGGCGAGAGCGACCGGCUGUGGCGCGCCAGCGCGGCCGGCCCGCCCACCAUGCAGCCUGAGAUCGCCAAGUUUCUGCUGGCGCACGUCGGUAACCAGUUCUGUGACCUGGUGUCCGAGGAGGAGGCUGCGCGUCGCGCGCACAUGGGCGACGACCAGACGGUCGCCUGGAAGCGGGUCGUGCAGGGCUGCCGCGAGAUGUGUGACGUGUGCGAGACGACGCUGUUCAACGUGCACUGGGUGUGCUCGCGGUGCGGUUUCGCCGUCUGCGUGGACUGCUACCGGGGCCGGCGAGACGGCACGGCGCGCAGCUUCGGCGACCCGCCGCCGGAGCGCGACCAGUUCCGGUGGCUACUGUGCGGCGCGCGGCCGCACCAGCAGGAGCGGCUGAUGCUGACGCAGAUUGUGGCCGGUGACGCACUGCAGACACUGAACCGACAGGUGCACGAGGCGCGCCAGCUGGCCGGCCUGCCGCUCAGCUGCGACUGCGAGCUGGCCAAAAAGCUGCAGGCCGAGGCGGCCGAGACCGCCGCCAAAGCCGAUGCCGUGAAGGCGGAGCCGGCGCCGGGCGGCGCGGCGCGCCCGCCGGCCGGCGGCACGCUCUCGCUGCUGGCCGACGUGGCGCUCUCCCGGCUGUCCUCGGACGACAGUGACAGCGACUCGGACGGCUCGGACGGCGGCGGCGGCUCGCUGGCGCUGCGGAGGCUGCUCGUACCGGGCGCGUCGGCAGACGCCAGGCCGCGGCCGGCGCGCAAGGAGCGGCCGCGCCGCCCCGGCUGGUCCAUGGGCGACUUGCUGGACGAGCUGCUGGACAAGGUGUCGGCGCGCUGCGGGGCGGCCGCGCCGGCCAGCCACGCGGCCGCCGGCCCGGCGGCACUGCAGCACUUUGUGCGGCGCGCCACCAGCCGGCGCGGCUUCCGCGAGCGGCUUCCGAUCCGGAUCAUGACGCUGGGUGAGUCGACCCGGCUGUACCCGAACGUGCGCCACGCGUGGCUCUGCGACGGGAAGCUGCUGCGGCUGCACGAGUCCACGGCGCCGGACAGCGAGCGCCUGUUCCGCGACCAGUGGAAGCGCGGCCAGCCGGUGCUGUGCUCCAACAUCGGCGGCGGCCUGGACCGCUCGCUGUGGUCGGUGGACGCCUUCAUCCGCGACUUUGGCGACGUGCGCAACGACCUCAUCAACUGUCGCACGGGCAACAUCGUGCCCAACCAGCCGAUGCGUCGCUUCUGGGAGGGCUUCGAGAGCGUGACGCGCCGGCUGCGCGACGACAAGGGCCAGCCUAUGAUCCUGAAGCUGAAGGACUGGCCGCCGGGCGAGGACUUUGCUGACAUGAUGCCGCGCCGCUUCUCUGACCUGAUGUCGGUGCUGCCGAUGACCGAGUACACGCGCCGGGACGGUCGGCUCAACCUCGCCUCCUGUCUGCCGGACAUCUUCGUGCGGCCCGACCUGGGGCCCAAGAUGUACAUCGCCUACGGGUGCGCGCUGCACCCGAGCAAGGCCUCCACCAACCUGCACCUGGACGUGUCUGACGCCGUCAACAUCAUGGUGUACGUGGGCAUCCCGGCCGACGGCGACGCCGACAACGCCGAGGCGCUGCGGGCCAUCGACGAGGCCGGCUGCGACCAGCUGACCAAGCGCCGCGUGCGCGACGAGCUGCCGGGCGCGCUGUGGCACAUCUACCACGCCGCCGACGCUGACAAAAUCCGAGACCUGCUCAACAAGGUGGCCAUUGAGCGCGGGGACCAGCUGGAGCCGCACCACGACCCGAUCCACGACCAGAGCUGGUACUUGGACGGCCCGCUGCGCCGCCGACUCUACGAGGAGUACCGCGUCGAGGGCUACCCGAUCGUGCAGUGUGCCGGCGACGCCGUGUUCAUCCCUGCUGGCGCGCCGCACCAGGUGCGCAACCUGCACUCGUGCAUCAAGGUGGCCGAGGACUUUGUCUCGCCGGAGAACAUCGGCCACUGCUUCGACCUGACGCAGGAGUUCCGCUCCCUCUCCGACACGCACACCAACCACGAGGACAAGCUGCAGAUCAAGAACAUCAUCUACCACGCCAUGAAGGACGCUGUCUCCUGCCUGCUGGGCGCCGCGCGCGCCGACAGCGCGGCGCCCACCGUGAAGGGGGAGCGCGGCGCGGACGACGCUCUCAGCUGAGCUGCCGGCUGCUGGCGGCGGUCCCGGCUCUUCUCGCCGAGCGGCGCCGCGGCAGUGAGGUGCGGGCCGCCAGCUGCCGGCGGUCAGGACGGGUUUGGGGUGUGACCCCGGCACCGGCGAUUAUGGUGGGUCGGAGGUGCCAGGUCCCCGACCCCGGGACCCGGCACCAGCGGUCGGACGGACGGACGGGUCGCAGGUGCCUGGUCCCGGCAGGGACGGUGUCCGUGUGUGUGCCGUGGGACGGGAUGGCCGGAGUCUGUCUCGGCCGGGACGGGGCGAGUUCGGGCGAUCUCUGCAGACCGUGGUGGCGCCGACAGUCGCACAGCACAGCACGCCUGGCUGUUAUAGGAGCGGUGUUUUGGACGCCAGCGUCCGUCCCUGAACUUCCUUCAGCGCUCCCCUCCCUCCCUCCCUCCCUCCCUGCCUGCCUCUGGUACCAAACACUGCCAGGUCCGCUUACAAGUCAAUAAGACACGCUGAAUGCAAGGAAACACUUCUGCAGUCUCCCUGGGACAUUGUCGACUGCCUGUUUGUGCCAGGUAUCGCCGUGUCUUUGUCUCUAUCUCAGACGAGUUGGAGCAAUCGAAACAUAGUGAAACGACUGGUGGGAUGCUCCAUUCAGUCCAUGAGCUUGAAUGUGAUUGACAUAUUUUCGGCCAGAAAGUCGGAUGCUGUGAACCUUUGAGUGCAAAAAGCAUCUGCCAUUUUCGUCACACCGCGUGUUAAUGCACUGUCAUUAUCACUCUGUUGGCAGACCUGUUCUUAGCGCUGUGUACAUUGUGUGUAUUUGAAGUGGCGUAUUGUGCGGUAGCGGGGCGCGCAGUAGCUCUGUCGGACUAGCGCCGGCUGUCUGACAGGGCCCUGGCCAGGCCUUGUCCGUUUUAUGCGACUGAAGGGGCGCCGGGUGCUCCGCCGCCUUUCGGUACGCAAUAUAAAAUCGUUCUUAU